UAUUCAAAGCCAAGAUCUGAUGCACCUUGUCCACUGUAUAGACGAGAUUAUUCAGACGGAAUCUCGCCCGGCCUCAGCUUGUUUGAUGCAGACCGGAGAUGGAGAUUUGCUGGCCAUGGGGUCUCUCUUCUUUCCGAGCUCGACAUGGCCUGAUGCAGUCUGCAGGAUCUGACUGAUGGAGCGCCGGCGUGAGUUCAAGGAGGAGGCCGAGAUAGUAGAUGAGGGGGAAGAUCAAGAAUCUCCGGGGGUGCACAGGGACGUCCUCUCCGAUACCACUCCUCAAACCAGAGAUGUUUCAUUCCAAGGUAGAGGCAGAGUCGGGCAGACGGGGCCCCCGAUCAGUGCUGCACUUGGCGCCAUGAGCACCCUUGUCUGGAAGCUGGACAUGCUGCUGCUAGCUCCUCCUCCGGGUUGCUCCUCCGAGAGUGUCAAGCUUAAGAUGCAGCUCCUCAAAGAAGAUGUUGAAGAGAUAAGCUCCUGCCUUGAUACAUUGUCACAACUGGAGGACCCUCCCCAGACGGCCAGGUGCUGGAUGAAUGAGGUGCGUGAUCUGUCUUACAACAUGGAGGAUUACAUCGAGCGCUUACGUGUGCGAGCUGCAGAUCCCUCCCUUGCUGUUGAUAACAUCAUGACCACCAGAUCCCACCGCAAAUGGUUCAGUCGUGUUAGGACACCAAAGAAGCUUACGUGGGAAGAGCAGGUUUUGCGGACAGUAUCAGAAUUCAGGAUAUAUGUCCACGGCGCGAUGAAACGGCAUAAAAUGUAUGGUCUGAAAUUCUUUAGCACUCUGAGGCGUACACUUGUGCCUGUUGGCCAUACGCUUCCAAUGCCAACGCCAUAUGAAGAAACAUCGGACAUAGUAAUCAAUGACCGCAUGAAUGCGUUUAUUAACUCACUGACUAACGAUGGGGCGGAUCAGCAGCAGCUCAAGGUGGUAUCUAUUCUGGGAUCUGCUUGUCUUGGUAAAACUACAUUUGCUAAAGUGUUGUACAACAGGAUUGGGUUGCAAUUUGAUUGCCGAGCUUUCAUUCGAGUGUCCAGAAACCCUGAUAUGAAGAAAAUUUUCUGGGAGAUGCUCUUGCAAUUGGAGCGGCAGCAAUGCCCACCACAAUAUUGUAAGGAGGUUGAUCUCAUUAACAUGACAAAAAAUUAUCUCCAAGGGAAAAGGUAUUUCAUUAUUAUUGAUGAUCUGUGGUCUGCAUCAGUAUGGGAUAUUAUCAAUCGUGCUCUUCCAAAGGGUAGUCGUGGCAGCAGAAUAAUAACCACUACACAGAUAGAAGAUGUUGCUUUCAGAUGUUGUUGUUAUCAGUCAGAGCUUGUUUUUGAGAUGAAACCCCUAGAUGAUCAUCACUCAAGAAAGCUAUUCUUUAACAGACUGUUUGGCUUUGAAAGUGAUUGCCCUGAACAGUUCAAAGAGAUUUUAAAUGAAAUUGUUGAAAUAUGUGGUGGUUUGCCACUUGCAACAGUCAGCAUAGCUAGUCUUUUAGCAAGUCAGCCUGCCCUGACAAAUGAUCUAUUGACAUACAUCCGCCAGUCAUUGAGUUCUCUUUUCUCGGCGAAUCCUACCUCAGAAAGAACAAGACAAGCACUGAACCUGAGCUUCCACAAUCUUCCUCAAUGCUUGAAGACAUGUUUGCUUUAUCUUAGUAUGUAUCGAGAGGGCUACACAUUCUACAAGGAUGAUUUGGUGAAGCAAUGGAUGGCUGAAGGAUUCAUCGAUACAACAGAAGGGCAAGAUGUGGAGAAACUUGCAGAGAGCUAUCUCAAUCAACUUAUCAGUAGAAGAUUCAUCCAACCUAUGCGUAUCAACUUCAACAAUGAGGUGUUGUCAUGUGCAGUUCAUGAUGUUGUGCAUGAUAUUAUCACACAGAAGUCCGCAGAAGUGAACUUCGUUGUUGCAAUAGACUACAAUGAAGAGAACACAUAUCUUUAUCACAAGGCCCGUCGAAUCACUCUCCUCUUUGGCAAUGCCAGAUAUGCCAAGACACCAACAAGAAGCAUCAUAGAGUCACAAGUUCGGUCACUCGCUUUUUAUGGAUUAUUUGAGUCUAUGCCUAGUACUACAGAAUUCAAGUUUCUUCGUGUUCUAAACCUUCACAUAUCUGGUUACGGUGGCUCCAAAGAACUCGGCCAUGAGGACAACCAUGUAGACCUCAGUGUGAUUACAGAACUAUCUCGAUUGAGAUAUUUGAAGAUUGCUUCUAAUCUCUGUAUAAAACUGCCAGACUAUAUGGGAGGGCUGCAUUGUUUGGAGACACUGGAUCUUACGGAUGCAGUACUCCUUAAACUUGGAAUCGGUGUCUGUCUCCCAUACUUAUUGCACUUGUACCUCAGUCUCCGUCAUCAGAGAAAUGUGCAGAAUUGGAAUGACGAGAUGUCGGAACUUGACAAUAUGAAAGACCUGCAGGAUCUUCGUCUUGCCUUUUCUUCUGGGCAGUCUUCAACUCAGGAAAAAAGCAUGUUAAUUCUGCGGGAUUUUAUCAGCGGACAUGACAACCUGAAAACUAUAUUAGUUGCUUGUCACUCCUCAGAUAAGGUUACUGAUGGCGCUUCAGAUGCAACCAUUUCAUGGGAUGACAUGGAACCUCCCCAACUCCUCCAGAGAUUUGAGUUAUCGCCGCAAAGAGGCUGCAUAUUCUCACGAAUACCUCCGUGGGUUGAGAAACACAACAACCUAAGAAUUUUGAAGAUUGCAGUGAAGGAACUUCAAAUGAUUUGUGUUGGUAUUCUCAGAGGACUGCCUGCCCUCACUGCUCUAUCGCUGCAUGUAGGGACAAUGCCCAUUGACAAGAUCAUAUUUGACAAGUCUGGGUUCUCAGUUCUCAAGUACUUCAGGUUGAAGCUCAUGAAUGGUAUAGCUUGGCUAAAAUUUGAGGAGGAUGCAAUGCCUAGUCUAUUGAAGCUCAAGCUAGUUUUCAAUGCCAUCCCGCAAAUCGACCAAUAUGAACAUGGUAUUAUUUGCAUCGACCAUAUGUCAGGCCUUAGAGAGAUUUGUGUGAAAUUUGGGGAUGCAGCUACUGGUCCAGAGUAUGCCUUGGUUAGUAAUCAUCAGAGCAAUCCUAUAAUCAACAGGCAGUCGUCGGUUUAUAAUUCCUUUGAUGACAAAAGCAUAAACCAGAAACAACAUACAUAUAAGAUUCUCAUGGCAGAACGAGAUGAGAUUGUGGAGGAAGAAAGAGAUGAACACAAUACCGAACCGAAGAGCCCAGUUGAUCAAAGGAUUUUAAGGUCACCCGAGUCCUCUUCCCAACCACAUGUCCCAGAUGUUUGGUUCCAAGGCAGAGGCAAAGGCAAAGUCAGAGAGAUGAGGGCCCCACUAGGUGCCAUGAGACCCCUUGUUGCGAAGCUGAACAAACUGCUGCUACUGCUGGAUCCUCCACAAGGAAGCUCCACCGAGAGUGUCAAGGUUGGAAUGCACCUUCUCAAAGAAGAUGUUACAGAGUUAAGCUUCUGCUUUGAUGAACUGUCAGAGUUGGAGGACCCGCCCCCAAUGGCCAAGUGCUGGAUGAAUGAGGCACGCGACCUGUCUUGCAAAAUGGAAGACUACAUCGACAGCUUAUUAUUUGUGCAGCCUGCAGGUUCCUCCCUUUGUCCCAACUACGACAAGAGCACCUGUCAUGCCAAUCCCCCCAUGAACCUUGAGUGGUACGAGCAGAUUGUGGCAACGGUAUCCGAAUUCAGGAAGUAUGCCCAGGAGGCUAUUCAUCGGCAUGAGGUGUCUGUUCCACCAGAUUCUGGCCCAAGUUCAACCUUGAGGCAUAGGUUUGUGUCCCUUGGCCCUAUGCUUCCAACGCCAUAUGAAGACAUAGUAAUUGAUGGCCAGAUGAAUGAACUUAUCGACUCACUGGCCAAUGAUGAGGACCAGCAACUGAAGGUGGUAUCUGUUUUUGGAUCUGCUUGUCUUGGUAAAACCACACUUGCUACAGUGUUGUACAACAAACUUGAUAAGCGAUAUCAUUGUCGAGCUUUCAUUCGGGUGUCCCGGAAACCUGAUAUGAAGAGAAUUUUUCGUGACAUGCUCUUGCAACUCCAGCGACAGCACCCCCCGCAGCAUUAUCAGGAAAUUGAUCUCAUUCACAAUAUCAAGAAGUAUCUACACUACAAAAGGUAUUUAAUUAUUAUUGAUGAUAUAUGGGAUGCAUCAGUAUGGGAUAAUAUUAAUCAUGCAUUUCCAAAGGGUAGUCAUGGCAGCAGAAUAUUAACAACUACACAGAUCGAAGAUGUUGCAUUGGCAUGUUGUUGUUAUCAGUCGGAGUAUGUUUUUGAAAUGAAACCAAUGGAUGAUGGUCACUCAAGAAAGUUGUUCUUUAACAGACUCUUUGCCUCUGAAAGUGAUUGUCCUGAACAGUUCAAAAAGGUUUUAGAUGACAUUGUUGAAAUAUGUGGUGGUUUGCCGCUUGCAACAAUCAGCAUAGCUAGUCUUUUAGCAAGCCAGCCUGUCAUGACGGAGGAUCUACUGAAGCACAUUCAUCAGUCAUUAAGCUCUUGUUUGUCGGCAAGUUCUACUUCAGAAAGAACGAGAAAAGCACUGAAUCUGAGCUUCAACAAUCUUCCUUAUUACCUGAAGACAUGUUUGAUGUAUCUUAGUAUGUAUCCAGAGGGCUACACAUUCUGCAAGGAUGAUUUGGUGAAGCAAUUGAUGGCUGAAGGUUUCAUUGAUACAAUAGAAGGGCAAGAUAUGGAAAAAGUUGCAGAAAGCUAUCUCCAUCAACUUGUUGCUAGAAGAUUCAUCCAGCCUAUAUCUAUCAACUACAACAAUGAGGUGUUGUCAUGUGCAGUUCAUGAUGCAGUACAUGAUCUUAUUGCACACGAGUCUUCGGAACAGAAUUUCACUGCGGUAGUAGACUACAGUCACAAUAAUGUGUCACUCCCUCAUAAGGUCCGUCGACUAUAUCUCAUCUGUGGUGAUGCAAGAUAUGCCAAGACAAUAGAAAACAUCACAAAGUCACAAGUUCGGUCACUUAUGUUUUUUGGAAUAUCAAAGUGUAUGCCUUGUAUUACAGAGUUCAAGCUUCUUCGUGUUCUAAAUCUUCAACUCUCCGAUCAUGUUUGUGAAGAUAAUCCUAUAGACCUCAGUGGGAUUUCAGAACUGCUUCUACUGAGAUAUUUGAAGAUUGGAAGUGGUAUCUAUAUAAAACUGCCAAUCGAUGGGCUACAAUGUUUGGAAACACUAGGCAUUACAGACGCAAUAGUCAUUAGAUCAUCACGGGGCAUUAUUCUCCCACAUUUGUUGCACCUCAGUCUUCCGUUUGAGCUAAGUUUGCUGCAAUGGAUUGGGAUUCUCGGGGAAGCUGGCAGGCUGACCUACCUGGAGGAUCUUCAUCUUACCAGUUCUCAGACAGAUGACUCUGAUCCGGAGAAAAACAUUGAAGCUCUGGGUUCUUUAAUCAUAGGACAUGGCAACCUGAGAACUGUAGUAGUGGUUGAUGGCUCCACGUUUAAAAAUACUGUGGUUCAUGGCGCUCGAAAAGUAAUCACCUCCAAGCCAUCCAAGGAGGAGAUUACUUCUGGAGCGCCACUUCUCCAGAGAUUUGAAUGCUCACCAGCCGGCGGCAUGACAUUUUUAGGAAUUCCUAAGUGGGUUAAAGAACUUGACAACCUAUGCAUUUUGAAGAUUACAGUGAAGAUACUAAAGAUGGAUUGUGUCCUUAUUCUAAGAGGUUUGCAUGCCCUCACUUCCCUGUCACUGUAUGUGAGGAGGGAAACCAGUGAAAGGAUCAUCUUUGAUAAGGCCGGGUUCUCAGCUCUCAACUACUUCAAGUUGAGGUUCAUGACUGGUAUAUCUUGGAUAAAGUUUGGGCAGAAUGCAAUGCCUAAUCUAUUGAAGCUCAAGUUAGUUUUUAAUGCCAUCCCCAGGAUGGACCUACACCCUUAUUUUGUUUCGACUCAUACUGGCCGGUAUGAACAAUAUAAACGUGGUGAUGCACUAAUCAUCAUCGAGCAUAUGCAAGGCCUUAGAGAGUUGUCUACAAAAUUUGGGGGUGCAGCUGCUGAUCUAGAGUAUAUCAAGAGUAAGAGGAUCGGCAUUAGUAAUGACCCGAGCAACCCUAAAAUCAACAUGCAAUGGGUGGAUGGCCAAAGCACAAGACAGAAACAUCAAACAGAUGAGAUUCUGGAGGAAGAUCCUGCAGAUGAAACAGUGGACAUAUCAGCUUCUGGAAGGUCACCAGACUGUCUGCAUGAAUUCACAUUGGACGAGCUCAUGUCCGCCACCCACAACUUCUCGUUGACACUCUCACGCAGCCACCACGUGGAAAGGAAGCGCGACAAUGCGUUCUGCUACCCUGACUUCUACGUGGGCUCCUUGGAAGUCAAAGGCAACUUCCGUCUUCGUCAAAGGCAGGUCGUCGUCAAGUGCCUCAGUAAAGACAGCGAGUGGCUGCUGAUGGAUAAGGCGGAGCUGGAGCACCUCGCGGGGGUGCGCCGUCCUCAUCUGGUGAGGCUGCUGGGCUUCUGCGACUACUACAAUCACAGGAUGCUCGUCUACGAGGACAUGCCCAGGAAAACCCUCCAACGCCGCCUUUUGGAGUAUGAUUUACCAUGGCUAAACCGUAUCUUGAUCGCCGUCGAAGCAGCUACGGGGCUGGCUUCCCUGCACGAGGCGGACAAACCGAUGGUCCACGGCGAUUUCAAAGCUUCCAACAUUCUGCUGCUUGACUCGAGACCAACGGUGAAGCUGUUUGGCUUUCGCUUGGCAAAAGAGAAUGCACGGGACAAGACGGCGGAAAGCGAUGUGUACGACUUCGGUGUGGUGCUCCUGGAGCUUCUGACUGGGCGGCCGUGCGUCAACGAGAUGCAACCCGGUCCGGGAAGAGAUCUGGUGGAGUGGUCGCGCCCCUACCUGCUCAGCAAGGACAAGCUUCACCAUCUCAUGGACCAGAGGCUGCACGGGGAGUAUUCAUUGCGUGCAGCGUGGAUCACGGCAACGACCGUGUGCCGGUGCCUGGAGAGCGAGCCCGAGGAGCGGCCGCGCAUGGGCGACGUCGUGGACGCCCUCUGGCCGCUGCUCAGCGAUCACAGGAACGACGGGCCGACCCAGAGAAGUAUUGCCAUGCGACAGUCAAUGAAAACCAAAUUGUGGCAAUACUUCACCGUGAGAAGUACUCCCAAAUUAGGCAGACGGCUGGCGGGUGGCGCGGUGAAGGGGAGAGGCAAAGCCAAAAAGCGGGCCGAGGAGGAGGUGGAAGAACCAACGGUGGGGGCUUCUUCUUCCACUCUUCCGGCGCACUGAAACUGAAAUCCUCAACGAAGCAAAAUGGCGAUGCAGCCUACACCACCCCGCCACUCUCCGUUGCUUCCAUCAAUCACGGCGCAAGUCCAGUUGUCGACCCCUAUAGCCUACUGCGCAUUGACUUACUUAUCUUUUUGUAAUCUUGAGUGAACCACGUUUUUGUUUAUGCUUAAUAAUUCCGACGGCAUUCUGAUGAUCUCUUCGUCUGCCGGCUGUGUCUGUGUCACUGUUUUGGUUACCGAAUGGGGCAUUUUUACCACUUACCAUCACGCCAAAACUAACUAUGUUGAAAUAAUUGAGAUGCUACCGUA